AUGGACAAUUACGAGAGCGACUCAAUCGAGGUAGAAGAGGGCUUGCCUUCCGAUGCUUCUGACACCGAAGAUAUCGACCUUGAACCGCCCCACCCGGCGAGCGACUUUUCGAGCUGGCCUGCCGAGUCUUCGCCAGGCCCAGGUGGCGAGGAGGGGAUGGAGGACUCCGACAUGGAGAGCGAGGCGGUCUCCGAGAACCACGAGGAGGAAGACUAUUCUGGGCAAAGCGGAGAGGAUUACGGGGACGACGAGGAAGACGCCGAGACCGAUGAGGAAUUGGACGAGGACGCGUCCCAAUCCGUUUUGGGGGAUGAGGAGGGAGGGGAAGCGGGCGAUUUUGAGGGCGAUUUUGAGGGCGAUUUUGAGGGUGGCCUUGAGUUUGGAUUUGACGCCCGGGGUUCUGUGGAAGAUUCGGAUGAAGAAAUGUCCGACAACCAACUCUCCCCCGCUCCCCAUGGCGACCACCAACAAAUCGUGGACCUUCUUGCCAACUACCACCCCCGCCACGAGGAGGAAGAGGGGCUUUUUGUCGACCAAGACCCCGAUUUGCUGCAGCCUUUCGAAGCGAUCCUCUCCAACGUCAGACGAAACCACGCUCGGGCUAUCAAUCUGGUUUCCGAACUGCACUCCGAGGUCCGCAAUCUCAGCCAGGGAAGGGCAUCUCGCAGCGCACGCGAGAACCGUCACUAUAACCCGUACACCGCAGCCGACGACGUGGGCGUGGCGCGUGUUAGGAUGAACCAGCCCCGGAAUGGCCGUCACUUGCCCGAUGAAAUAGUUGAGGUCGAGCUGCGCGCAUCGCCGCCAGCAAUGCGCCGCAAUCGAUCUUCGCUCGGGGCCCGCGCGCAGCCAGAAGUCAUUGACUUGACCGGGGAGCCAGAUUCGCCAGAAGAGUCGCGUACCGUUGUGCCUCCCAGGGCGCGUGCAUCAAACGGGUCUCAGGUUCAUAUGCCGGGAAGGAACCCGCGGCGCAGAGCGUCAUUGAACCAGCGCACGCCUUCUCUUGCACGAAGUGAUGGCAGCCUCCUCGGAAACCAGGCCAAUGUCAUCGACCUCACUUUAGACGAUUCUCCGGCCCCGGCUCCCCCACCGCUGCCACUGCCACUGCCUCGUCGCAACAAUCCCGACAAUCCACCCCACCACCACCGUAACCAACACCACCAUCAUCGCCGUCGCCAACCCCCGCGCGGUCCCCCCGUCGAACUCGACCACGAAGAAGGAAUUGGUGCUAGGUUCGCUGGUUUAUUCAGGAGAGACUUUUUGAGUUUCGAUUUGAUCCAGCGCCUCGGUUUCGGUCGCCCGCACGACGUCGAGGUUCAAGUCAUUGGUGGUGGUCACCUCAACAUGGAUAAUCCACUCGGAGGCAAUAUUCCCAACCUCGAUUAUCGCGUCAACGGCAAUGCUGCCGCUCCCAAGCCCGACCAUGUCCCGCCUCCCCCGCCACGUGAGGGUUUUACUCGCGACACCGGUAACGACGACGAUGUUAUCAUCUGCGCCGGCUGCGAGCAGGAAUUGAAGUACGACCCCGACGCCGGCGAUGAUGCCAUGCGCCCCAUGAAGAAGCCUCGCACCAGGAAGGACCACGAAGAGCACCACUUCUGGGCUCUCAAGGAUUGCGGACAUGUCUACUGCAGGAAUUGCUACGAGAGCCGUCACCUCCGCAAGGGAACUGCCAAGACCCCGUCAGCACACUUUCGCCGCGAUCCUGAGAACGCCCGCAAGAAUCUCUGCGCUGUGGAGGACUGCUCGACCGAGGCAAACAACAAGUCAAACUGGGUCGGCCUGUUCCUUUGA